AUGCACCUCAAACGGGACGACCUGAGCGCCAUCGACCGGGCAGCCGAAGUGCGCGGCUUGACUUACGGCAUGAUCAUCACCUACGUUGAUUUCUCCUCCUGGAAUCUCAGUGAUCCGGCUUGGGUCGACCAGAACACUAAGAAAUUCAUCAUCGGUGCUAUCGCGGGGACUUUGGAUCGAUUGUGCAGCACGAUCUUCAGCAUCUUUAACCAAACCAUCGAAUUGUCUAUUCCGAUCAAUUUACUCAUCACUCCCGAUCCAAGAUUAGAGAGCGAAGCCACCUCGCGGGCCUCAGAAUGA